GUUCUCCUACCUUCACAUUUAGGAAUUAUUAUUUAUUUAUUUAUUUAUUUUUUUUCAAGAAAAGAAAAUAGUAAAAUAAAGGACAAAAAAUGUCAUUAGAUGAAGUGCUAGUUUCCGAUUGGACAACAGCUAUAGAAGCACUUGAUUAUGACAGUGUUCAAGAGCUAUAUAAUAUUGAACCACGAUUAUUAUGGACACCGUUAAUGCCAUUAAUACAUCUUGAAAAUGACUUUGCUCAUUUCAUUCACCGUCUAAAGAGAUUCAAAAUGUUAGGAUCAUCCAUACGUCCCGUUUAUGCGCUUCAUCAUAUCUUAUUUGAUUAUGGUUUACCUGAUGACGAAUGGAUCAAUGAACGUGUUGUACUUAUUGAUUUUAUAUUAAAACAUACAAAAAAUGAUGAAUUGAAUACUUGUCUUUGGGGAGCAGAACAAAAUACUACGAUGCAUCUUGCCUAUCUUUUAGAUCAACCUGAAUUAAUUCAACAGCUUUUAGAUAAAGGUGCAUUAACAAACAUACAGAAUAGAUUAGGUCAUUUACCAACUCAAGAAAAACUACAAGAGGAGGAGGAGGAGGAAGGGGAAAAAGAAAAUAAAACAAAAACGAUAGUUGACGAAAGCGAUCAAGUUAAGCUCAUAAUUAGUAAAAAGAAGCCAGUGACAAAUCAAUCCAAAAUAAAUGUUUCUGAUCGAUUUAGACGAUUGCGUGAACUUGCUGAAUCACCUAAUAAUAAAAAGCCUACUACUGAACGACACAAUUCAACUCGACGUUACUUUCGGCCUGGUCACCUUGAAGAAAGAAGACGUCGUGUAUUAAGUGAAGAAGAAGAAGAGCUGGAAAAACAACGUUUGAGGCGUUUAAAGGAAGUUGAGAUGCUUGCUCAACGUUCAGCUGUUAAGAAUAACCCAUUACUAAAAAAAUUUGAACAACAACAGCAUCAACAGCCACAACAACCGCUUGUUAUUUCAGCGGCUUCAGCAAACAGAGAUAGAAGGAGACAUUUGGGAGAAGUAGCUGAUCAAAUUCGUCGAAGUUCACGUGUUAUUAAUUCUUUAAAAGAUCGUUCUUAUGUUUCCGGUAGUGUCUUUCGUCAACAAAACAAUACAGAAAAUAACCAAUUGCGUGUGCCGACAUUAGAUGAAUUACGUGCUGCAUCAUCGCCUACUAGCCCCACUUUUUCCAAAACGAUAUAUUCUAAUAUGAGCGAUAUUGAAAAAGAAGAUGAAACAGAGGCAUCGAAUCAUGAUCCUAUAGAGCAGCAAAUAGAAUUAGAUAUAAAUACUAAAUCAGUAGACUUUUUUUCAACGGAAAAGGAAACACCUGAUGAGCCAUCCACACUACCUUCUACUGACCCUCUUAGAGGCUUUACAGAGAAGUCUUUAAUAAAUGAAGACCAAAUACGAAUAACAGAAAAUGAAGUUGAAUGUUUAUCGGUAAAUCAACAAUCAACACCUAUUAGUUCCAAUCAACUAGCAUUCAUGAAGCCAAAUAAGACCAAUGACAAAAAUAAGAUAAAUUUGGAAGCUUCUAGUAAAGUACAAGAGAUUAUAGAUGCUCAUGAGAAUUUAAAUAUUGAGGAGGAAGUCGAAAUAUACUCGACAGGAAAAGUGUUUACUGUUUGGAAUAAGGAUGUUGUUAAAGAAGAAGACAAUAUUAGUACUGUAGAUGCAGGAUCAAUAGAGAAACAAAAGCAAGAUAAGGCGAUAGAUGAACCUUGUAGUUUAUCUGAUAGUACUAUUUCGAUAGGCGAAAACUUAUCAGAUCAAUCUGUUAAGAGUAUAUCACAUUCUAUAAAUGAAAUUGAUAAAAAUAUGACCGAAAACAGUAAUGACGAAACUAUUUAUAUGAGUUUAGAAAAUGAGCUAUUAUACAAAACACAAGACUCUGUUAAAAGUGUUAACAACGAUAUGGAAUUAAGUGAUAGACAAUACAAUAGCCAAUUAGACAAAAAUAGAAAAGAGAAGCUACAAGAAGAAUCUAUUCAAACUAAUGAUUUAUUAAAUACAAGAACUAACUUUAUUGAAACUGAUUCAUUACCUAUAUUGAUUGAAGAAGAAGAAGGAGAAGAAUAUGAUGAUGAAGAUGAAGUUAAAGAAGUUAAAGAAGUUAAAGAAGUUAAAGAAGACGAUGAAAGAAAUAAAAAUGUAGAAGAAAAAGCAGAAGAAAAAGCAGAGGAAAAAGCAGAGGAAAAAGCAGAGGAAAAAGUAGAGGAAAAAGUAGAGGAAACAGUAGAAGAAACAGUAGAAGAAAAAGGAGAAGAAAAAGGAGAAGAAAAAGAAAAUGAAAAAGGAGAAGAAAAAACAGAGGAAAAAGAAAUGCUUGAAGAUACAGUGCUGAAUAAAGAUAAUAGUUUAUCAUUCACUAUUUCUGACAAGCUAAUAGGUGAAAUUAGUGCUUUAGAAAGUCUAAUACAUAAUCAGGAAAUAGCUUGCGAAUCAGUACAUUUAGAUGCGCCUGAUGAUGUAGAAGCCUCAUAUACAAUUAGCAACCAUUUUAAUAUAAUAGAAGAACCUCUAUCUACCAACUAUAAUAUGAAUCAUGAUCAAAAACAAGCUUUAGAUAAUAGUGAAUUAACUGUAGAUACUUAUUCAUCAAAUAUCCAAAGGGAUAAAGCAAUUAUAACUCAUACUAAUACUAUUGAACUUCAAGAAGAAAAGAAUGAUGAUGAUAUAAGAAUAGAGGAAGGUGAAAGUGAUGAAGAUGAGGCCACAACACCUACCUUAGCAAACCCUCAUCCCUUUGAAAUUAAACAGCUAUCAGUAGUACAUGAACCUAAUAGUACAACAAAUAUAAUCAAUAAUGAGGAUAGGAAUACUUAUAAUGAACAAGAUUGGAUAAUGUCUUAUGAUAAUUUAACAGCACAGGAACUUGAAUUACAUAAUUCUGAAAGUGACGAUGAUGCUAAUGAUAAUAACAAAAGGUCUUCUUCUAAAUACUCAUCAGAUAUGGAGGAAGACCAAAUUAUUAAGUCUUUGUAUCAGCAAGAAAUGGAUCAUAAUGAAGAAGCUAAAAUAUCAUUAAAGAAAGAAGUAGUAGAAAAUGAUUUAAAUGCUGAAGAACAACAAGGAAUAGAAAAUAUCUCAAAAGAAAUUACAUCUUCAAAUGAUAUUAACAUAGAAAAAAGAGAAAGUGGUAGUCAACGUCUUCAUUGGUCUACUGGUAUUCAUCAACUUGCAACUACUGAAAUAAUUAAACAUGAAUCCUUCAUAGUUAAUCAGUCGUCAAGUGAAACAGGUAGUGAGAACUGGUUUGAUCCUGAUGAUGACUGGAAAACAGAUAGUCAGCGUCAAUCACAGUUAUUGAUGGAAACAUCAAGUCAUAGAUCUUCUUCUACAUCUUCUUAUACCUUAAGUUCAAGUAUUUAUUCUUUCAAGAAUUCAAAUUCAACAGAAAAUACAAAACUAGAUGAUGAAGAUAAAGAUAAUAGCGAUGAUUAUUACAAGCAAACUUAUCACGGUAAUGAAAUCCUACAGGCUGAAAAUAAUGAGGAAAUAGAGUUAUAUCAAAAUGUAACAAAUAACUCAAACUAUACAGUAAAUUCAUAUAAUGAUAAUCGAAAAUCUGAAGAGAAAAAGGAUGAUGACAUAAAUCAUAUCAUUGACGAAGAAGAGGGAGAAAUUGUUGUCUUUAUGGACCAAAACUUAUCUAUACAACAAUCAAAAGAAGAUAGAGAAGACCAAGAAAUAGUCCAAUUACUACCAUCAAAUUCAGUUAAGCCUGAUCCCCAGUCUACUUUAAACGAUAAUUCCUCCUUACUUUCUGUACAACAGCAACAAAAAGAUACCAAAGAUGAUACCCACUCCCUGAUCCAUUUCCCUUCUCGAUCUAUAGUUUCAGUUGCAGAAGCAAACCAAGUACAGGAGGUUAUCCCCCAUGAUCCCAAAAAUCCUCGUGUAGAGGAUAUUAGUCAUUAUAUGAAUGCCCUACCCUCUUCUAGUAAAAGAAUACAGCAUUGCGAUGAAUCAUUAAACAUAAAUGAAGAAGAACAUAUGGUGAAACGAGCUGUUUCAAAAAAGAUAAAUACGACUCCUGUUGAGAGUCCUAAGACAACCAUUAGAGAACAUAGUAUAAUUCCUAAUGCACAUGAAGUUUCUAUGGAUGAUAAUCAACUUCCACAUACCAUAUCUUCAUCUACCAAAUUAGAAAUAAACCCUAACAUAACAGAAGAAGGAUCAUAUCAACCAAAAAUAUCUACUUCAAUAGAGGCGAAUCGGUAUGGUAAAAUGUAUAUAGCAGUAAGCGGAGCACAUCAUGUAUUACUUCCUUUACCUAAAGAAAUUACAUACGUACGAUGCGUUAUAAGUGAUGGCGAAUACGAAUAUAUGUCACGCUAUGAGAUCCUUAGUCAUCAAAUCCUGAUGGACUAUGAAUGUAUUAUUGAUACACGUCCUGGUAUGAUUAUUACCGUUUCACUUCAUGUUCGGCCAGAUUAUCAUGUAAGACCCAAGACAGGUCUUAGUCGAUGGUUCACAUCCAUUCGAAAACAAAAGGAACAUCUCUCUGGCUAUGUUCACCCAGAUGAUGGAGCGAUUGGCCAAACAAGAUUUGCAGUUGAUCAUAUGAUCCCUGGAUGUUAUAGAAAAACUUAUGAAGCCAAUUUUGAUUGUUUUAAUUCUUGGUAUGCAAGAACAAGUCGAGAAAGAGCACGCAGAGAACAAUUUGGAGAUGAAGAAGAUUUCUUAAAGAUUGUAGGUAAAUUAAAUAUUGAAAUGCUAUAUCUACCUGUUUCACAUCCGAAUGCCCAAGUUCCUCGAAGUUUAAGAGAAUGUGAUUUAACUUUGAAGAUUCGACAAUGGCAUGAUACUUGUUGGCAAAGUGGAUAUUUAUCAACAAGAAAACAAGGAAAUCAGAUAUGGAAAAGACAUUUUUAUAGAUUAAUUGGUAGUCAACUUAUUGGAUAUACAUCUGAUAAAAGACAAGUAUGGAAUCAUUAUAAUAUAGCAGACGUGAUUAGAUUGAGCGCAGCAGCAGAUAAAGUCAUUGUGACCUUAAUAGAAGAAGAUACUACUAAAGUAUUCGGACAUGAGCCUAUUCAUACAGGAAAUCAUAAAGGAUUUUUUAGAUUAUCCUUUCCAGAUUAUUAUUUAGAUUGUGUAAGUGAUAGUUUAGAAGAAAGUGAAGAAUGGGUUAAAACCUUAAAGUCAAUGAUCGGUCGUGUUCCCUUGCGUUUACCCUUUACAGAUUAACUAAUUGUAUUAUAUAAAUAUAAAUAUAUUAUUUAUUUAUUUAUUAAAAAAAAAACAAAAUAAAAAAUAAAAUAAAA